UUGCUGGGCAGAAGUUAUAUGUGAGACUUUUUCAACGCAAGCUGAACUGGUUAAAAGUGAACAAAAUAGAGUAUGGAGAGAUAAGUAUGGAUUUAUUACCAAUAAUUGAAGAACUGGCUGAAGCCAGAUUUCUGCAAACAGAAUCUGAACUGGAAGACCUGUGUGAAGGGUUGGAUUUGCUUUCAGCCCCUGAGCUAAAAACAUUAGCAAAGAUCUUUCACUUGCCAAACCCAAAUGGUCAGAAACAGCAACUUGUGGAUGAUUUUCUGAGGUUGGCAAAACAACGUUCAGUUAGGAGUCAGGCUGGUAUUGGGAAAGUGAUUUUAAAAAGGGUGAAGGACCUGGCUGGAAAAUCUGUCAGGGUCUGUAAAGGCCCUCGGGCUGUCUUUUCUCGAAUCCUGCUGCUAUUUUCACUGUCUGAGUCAAUGGAGGACGAAGAAGCUGGUAGUGCUGGUCAAGGCCAGCUCUCCACAGUCCUUAUGGUAAACAUGGGACGUAUGGUAUUCCCGAGUUACACUGUAAAUAGGAAAACACAGGUCUUCCAGGACAGAGAAGAUCUUAUCAGAUAUGCAACUGCUGCUUAUCUGUCAAAUGAUAUAGCCACUGCAAUGGUAAAUGGGAACUGGGAAGAAGCUAAUCAUCUAUAUAUGUGUGCUAAAGAAACCUGGAACGAACUGAAAAAUCACCCGUCUUUGAGCUAUCACAAGGUUUUACCUGAGUAUCUGCGACAUUUCACAGUUGGCUGGGUGUAUACAAGAAUCCUUUCUCAAGGUGUUGAAAUUUUGCAGAGACUUCACAUGUAUGAGGAGGCGGUGCGGGAGCUGCAGACCCUUCUGUCUCAGGACGUGUAUUGUGCUGACAGCAGAGGGCGGUGGUGGGAUCGCCUGGCUCUGAAUUUACAUCAGCACCUGAAAAACACUAAGAAGGCCAUUGACUGCAUUAGAAAUGGACUGGCAGACCCAUUUGUACGUACUGGGCAUCGUCUCUCUCUCUACCAGCGGGCCCUACGAAUCAGAGACUCACCAAGCUGCAAGCAGUUCAGAUGCCUCUUUCAUGAUCUGCCAGUCAUAGCUGUGGAGGAUGUGACACAUGUUACAAUCAAAGGAAAGAUGUGUCCUCAGAUGGGAAUGGGAAAAUCUGUGUUUCUAAUGGAGGACAUUGGUGAUGAAGAAGGAGGUGAAGACUUCAGUGUAUCCACAGUCAUGUGCUCAGUUGAGGAGCUGGCGUUAACUCAUUACAGGCAGAAUGGUUUUGAUCAGGGUAUUCAUGGAGAAGGCUCAACAUUUAUUACACUGUAUGGUAUUCUAAUGUGGGAUAUCAUUUUCAUGGAUGACAUACCUGACGUUUUCAGAAAUUCCUAUCAGACGUUCCCCCUGGAUUUAUACACUGACAGCUUCUAUGAAAACCGGAGGGAUGUCAUUGAGGCCAGACUCCAGCAGCUUCAUGCAGCUUCCUCAGAGACACUGGCAAAGUUGAUCGCUGACAUCUGGACCGCUCAGGAGGGAAAAGCAGCAGCACUAGUUAGCUGGGGGCGUUUUAGUUCUCUCCAGCAAGUUCAGAGCCUUGUCUCAUGCCUUGGAGGAAUGUUUCUGAGCGGUGUUUUUAGGCGCCUUUCCAAAGAUCUACGCCAUUGCAGAGGGGGCCUUCCUGACCUGGUUGUGUGGCGUACUCACACUAAUCACUUUAAGCUGGUGGAAGUGAAAGGCCCCAACGAUCGCCUGUCCCACAAGCAGAUCGUCUGGCUGAGCGAACUGAAGAAGCUGGGUGCUACGGUAGAAGUUUGUCACGUGCAAGCCGUCGGAGGCAAGAGUAAACGCCUCAGUUGACAACAGAGGUCUUGAUCACAUGGGUAAUUUGGGCGUUUCUAAAGGAACUGGCAUGACACACACAUGACUAGCUGCUGCUUAUUCAAAGUACACAAGACAUUCUAAAAAUAGUUUGAGAAGACUGUCAGUAUGAUUUACUGUAUGCCAUUUUGUGUUCAGAAGAACAAAGCCUUUCUCUUCUGU